UGGAGGAAAAGCGAGCCCUGAGUCUCUCUUCGAAUGCGCCCACAGUUGGCGAAAGGGGGCCAGCCUGACGCCAAAGUUCCUCCCUACAAGAGAUAGUGGAAAUCAAUUUGAAUAAACAAAACAGGUUUGCUGAGAAUAAAACCAGGACUCCUGACCUGAGGCAGGCAGGCUGCUCCGAGGGCCCUGUCAGCCAGCACAGCAGCUUCGGAGAGGGCGAAAGGUCCAGCAUGCACCAGGUGGUGGCGUUCCUGGCAAUGGCCGUGGGGACCCACACCCUCGGUUUGAGUCUUCAGAAGGACUGCAGUCACAGGUCUAUCUGCUGCCCCAGUAAAGGGCAGGGCCCCCCUGAGGAGUGGCUGCAGUGGACUCCUGUGCCCGUGCCUCCCCCGGAGCUGGAGCUCACCCACCUCCAAGAAUCCUGCAGGGCCAGCGAAGACGGACCCCUCAACAGCAGAGCCAUCUCCCCCUGGAGAUAUGAGUUGGACCGGGACCUGAACCGGCUCCCCCAGGACCUGUACCACGCCCGCUGCCUGUGCCCGCACUGCGUCAGUCUCCAGACAGGCUCCCACAUGGACCCCCUGGGCAAUUCGGAGCUGCUCUACCACAACCAGACCGUCUUCUACCGGAGGCCGUGCCGCGGCGAGCGCGGGCUCCGCCAGGGAUACUGCCUGGAGCGGCGGCUCUACCGCGUCUCCUUGGCUUGCGUGUGCGUGCGGCCCCGGGUGAUGGCUUAG